AUGUCUACUGAGGAGAAAUCAACAUCAUCUACGUUUCAGUCUGAUGAAUCAAUGACAUUCCAAGGAGGUUCUUCCGAUGUUGAUAAAUUAAUCCAGCCUGGAGCUUCUAGUGGUCAAGAAGGAGGUCAACCUUCGACUAUAGCGGAGGAAAUCCAACGUGUAGCUGAAGAAUUCGCUGAUAGACAAGGUGGAUCUGAUGAUGGCAGUAGUAUACUUGGUGAAUCUAAGGAGACUGAUAAAAAUGCUGCGAGACGGAUUCGACUUGAGGAGAUUGAACGCGGGAUCAAAGCUGCGGCUGCUGAAGAACUUGUUCAACAAAAAUUUACAAAGACAACAACUGAAAGCAAAUCUGAAGCUGCGUACUCUAUGGGAAGUCGUCAACAGUAUGUGUCACAGAAAAGCAAUGGUGGCUCAGGGAUCAUGGGAUCUCUAGGAAUUGGACAGACAGGUAUGUGGCGCUGCUUUAACCAAGACCAAAAUGGUAAUAAGGAAGAUGAUGAUUCUCCCAUCGUUAUACCAAAGUAUAACUUAGAUGACAUCAUCAAGGAAGAAUCCACUUACGAGGGCUCCUCGUCAAAGACCUCUAGCCUCAUAGCAUCACUGACUGCGAUUGUUGAAAAGCAUAAGAUAUCGUCUUCAACGGUAAACAUAGGAAAGCGUACCUCUACGGAAAAAUCAGAGACAAUAGAGAAGCUAAGAGUGACCCUUAAAAGAUAUCGUAAUACAAAAGUGAGUGAGCUCGUGACUCAUUCGGAUUUCGAUCAGAUACUAAGUAUGGCUGCACGUUAUGAGGAGCUGACCUUUGCUUCUGUAAGUUACAUCUCGAGGCUGUCCAUGUACAAGAGUAUGAUAAAGGAAAGAACCAAGGCCUCUCAACGAGUCCAACUGGCGCAGCAGCGUUCCACGUUGUUCGAAGAGAUAGCCAUGGAGAAGCAGAAAAGAGUGAACGCUGAGCUUGAGUCAGUUAAGGUUUACGCUCAAAAGGGUGACGCACUGUACGUCAAAAUAUUCGCCUUGAAGAAAGCCAUUUUGAAGCUUGAGGCCGAGAAGAAAGAGGUUGAGAUGACUUUCCAGAAGAUUGUUGCGAAUCUAUCAAUCGUCAUAGAGGAGGCUUCUAAAGCCUACGAGGAGCAUCAUCUGUCUGUGCGGAAGUGGAAGGAGGAGAAAACAUCUCUCGAAUUCUCGUAUGAGGCCAUAGACAAAGCAGAUGACGUUUGGGUUAGCUUUCUUAGGACUCUCUAA